AUGGACAAGACUUUUUACAGGUUCUGGUCCAACAAGGGAACCAGAUCUGAGCCACUCAGACCUGCUUGUCAGCUGGACUUCUGGCUCCACCCAGUCUCCACCGAGCUUCCUGUUGACAUCCGAGUGCCUCGCUCCAGCCUGAGCUCUGUGAAGGAGUACCUUGAUGCCCAUGGCAUCCCCUUCAGUGUCAUGAUUAACAACGUUCAGGAGCUUCUCAAUGAGGAGAAAGCUGCGAUGGAGGAGAACCAGAGGAGGGAGCGCAGCACCAGGAGCUUCAAUUUCGGAGCCUAUCAUACUCUGGAAACUAUCUACAGCUGGAUGGACACUCUGGUGGCUCAGCACGCUAAUCUAAUCACCAAGCAGGAAGUUGGGAGAUCCUACGAGAACAGGCCCAUGUAUGUGCUCAAGUUCAGCACUGGCGGCUCCAACCGCCCCGCUAUCUGGAUCGACACAGGUAUCCACGCCAGAGAAUGGGUGUCUCAGGCUACUGGAGUGUGGACAGCCAACAAGAUUGCCACCGAUUAUGGCACUGACGCCUCUCUGACUUCCCUUCUGAACACCAUGGACAUCUACCUGAUGAUCCUGACCAACCCUGACGGCUACGCUUACACCCACAGCAGCGAUCGUAUGUGGCGUAAGACUCGCUCCAUCAACUCAGGCUACUCGUGCCGUGGAGUCGAUCCAAACAGGAACUGGGAUGCAGGCUUUGGUGGCCCCGGUGCCAGCAGCUACCCCUGUUCUGAUUCCUACCGUGGCCCCUCAGCUCACUCUGAGAUCGAGGUGAAGAACGUAGUGAACCUGAUCAAGAGCCAUGGCAACUUCAAGGCCUUCAUCUCCGUCCAUGCCUACUCACAGCUGCUCAUGUACCCCUACGGAUACUCCUGCAACAACGUGCCCGAUCAGCCUGAGCUGGACUCUGUUGGCAGAGCAGCAGUGCAGAAACUCACCUCCCUCUAUGGCACCAGUUACAAGGUUGGAAGCAUCUGCAAGAUCAUCUACCAAGCCAGUGGUGGCAGCAUUGACUGGUCCUACAAUCUGGGCAUUAAAUACUCCUACGCCUUUGAGCUGAGGGAUACUGGCCGCUAUGGUUUCAUCCUGCCAUCCAGUCAGAUCAUCCCCACCGCCUCUGAGACUUGGCUGGCCCUGAAGCACAUCAUGGAGUAUGUCCGUGACCAUCCUUAUUGAUUAUAGCCACCGAUGGAGGAUCAACUUUAAAAGCAGUUUACUCAGCUUUUAAUGUACAGCUUUGUCUAUGACCAAUAAAGUCACCAAUAUCCUGUU